AUGAGUGAUAAGUCAAGUCAGAGAAUUGAUCCUGUAUUUGGACAAUCAAGAGCUUUUGCCUUAAACGAUCCUUUGGUGAAUCCAGAUAUAUUGAAGUACUUGGAAGGAGUGAAGGAAGAAGCGAUUAGAUCGACAUUUGAAACGUAUUCGGAGAAGAAACCUCGGAAUGAUGAAGUAAAACAUAUAGCAUCGAUGUAUGAUGAUGAUGGAGAUUCCUACAAUUCUGAAGUCAAAUAUGCUGGCACGGAGGUUUAUAAACAAGAACUACGAUUCCCUGAAAGACAUUCUUAUUUGACGAAAUACCCUGAAAGUUUAAUAAAAUUUCAGAGGAAUAUGCCAAAAUGGGUGAAGUGGUUUAAACGUUGUAAAAUAGAGCUGAGAGAUACUGGUUACGUGUUUGAAGGUUACGAUAACUCAACUAUGGAAUUGAUCUUGUAUCAUCUACAAGAAUAUUUGAAUAUUAAAAGAAAAAAAGGGUUUCCCUUACACUUGUUUAAUAUUUUGAAAGAUGUCACUAAUGAUGUUGAAGAAAAGGAUAAAAUGACAAUAGAUAGUGAAUGGUUAGAAACGAUAUUUAAUGUCCUUAAAUCGAGACGGUUGAAAGGAAUUGCGGAUGUAAUAGCUGUUAUUUCGGAAAUGCAUUCAUUCACUCCAAUGGGAUUUAAACAAUGGUAUGCUUAUAUAAUUAAAAAUGAGCCUUCGCAUUCAAUAUUUGUGAAUAUUAUAAAUAAUCGGAACAUGUGGAUCUUGUUACAGUAUAUGACUAAAACAUGGGUGAAAACUAUCAAUUUGAAUAAGAAGCCUACAGAAUCAAAGAGGUUAUCACAAUGGUUAAUAUAUAUGUUAUUGCAUUUACCUGAACAUUUAACGGCAGAGUACAUCAGUGAGUUAAGAUCUCUUGCUAAAAAGUGUCGCGAUAUCAUUCUAACGAAUAUAACAGAUACUAAUGAAGCCACUAAAGAAUCCAACGUUCUACCCUAUUAUACUCAAGAAUUAAUUGAUAUGGGUUUGGCAUUUGGCGAUGACGGCACACCAACUAUAAUAGAGCUGACUUUAUCUGUCGUUUCCGAAAUAUAUGGCCAAAGGGACCUAACGAACUGGGAAAAUAUGUAA